AAGUGCGGAGCGGCAAGUAUUUGGCCGGAAGCGGAAGAGCGGCGGAAGUGCAGCCAUUGGCAGUUUGCUUGAUAAACAAGGAAAUUACUCAUACGCACUGGGUGCACUUGUAAUCUGAACGGGAGUAACGCAUACUCACGGCUGGCAACGGAAGCUCUUACGCACCGGGUGCACUUGGAGUCAGGAAAUUACGCAUACGCACGGCUGGCAGCCGCGGCUAAUUUGGAAAUCACUCAUACGCCCUGCUGGCUAGACAUUGCCAACAAUGGGUACACCUCAUGUCUGCUUCGCCGAUGAGUUGCCGCCGCAACAGCAGCAGCAACAGCAGCAACAGCAACAUCAGCAGCAGCAGCAAGAAGAACAUAAAACCGCCAGCAAUGGCAGCCUGAACAACAACCAUCACAGUAGCCAGAGUCUGGUGACCAGCGGCAGCAAACCGGAAGUGGGUUACAUAGCCACCCCCUCGCCGGGCGGCAGCCUGAGCGUCUCGCCCACACCCCGCUACGAACGCAAUCUGGGCUUCUUUCGGCAGCUGAGCCGCCGCUUCGGCCUGAGGUCACAGGAUGACCUAGUUCAGUCGGAUGACGCAGCUCACGUUGCACCACCGAGAAGCGGCGGAGCGGUGGCCGCUCUCCAGGAGGAGGACGCGCACAGUUCAUCGACCGACUCGUGCUCCUCGGGGCGUGGCCUCAAUGCUCACCAGUCGGCCGGGCGACUGGAGCUCAUGUCCAUGUCGUGCGCCUCCAGCGAGACGAGCAGCACACUGGACAUCGAGGAGCAGCAGGAGCAGUUGCAACAGCAGAGCCAGCAGCAACACCAACAGCAGCAGCAGCAGAAGCAACUGCAGUCCAAGAGGAAGCCGACGAGCCGGGCGAGUUUUUCGCGUCUGCACCGGCGCUCUACAUCCUCACUGCGUCGCGCCUUCGAGAGCCUUUCGCUGACCUCGCGUUCGCUCUCCUGCAGCGGUCCAUCCCCGCCGCCACCCCCCGCAUCGUCAUCGGCGGCUCCUGCAGCCGCAUUGCCCCUGAAGUCGGCUCUCAAGUCCGCCUCGAACGCGGAGCUGCACAGGCAACAGCAACAGCAGCAGCAACAACAGCAGCAGCAGCAACACAUGCAUCACCAUCACCAGCCAGCGGGCAGGUCGUCAUCGUCGUCGUCAUCAACCUCCAGUUCGGCGUCCAAAGGCAAGGUGAAGCCGCCCCCGCAAAGGAUACUCCGUCAGCCCGUUUCCUACACAUAUCUCAAAGGGAUGUCCGGUCUGCCGACGCAGCGGGUGCCGCGCAGUUCCGUCUGCUGUCAGUAUGCCCGGCGCUAAGGACCUCCGCAUCAUCUAUAUAUAUCGCAAAUCAGCAUCAGUGGCCAGGACGAGACACUGAGAAAUAGGUGAACAGUAAGCAUAGCAGCAGCAGAA